UUCGCCGCGCGCACGCACACCGCACCGGUCGCGAGUCGCCGUCGCACCGUUUUCGCGUUACUUCCCGUUCGUCUUCCGGGUCGCGGAACCAUGCGACAUCUCGCCACCGCCGCCGCCGGUCUUCCGCGGUGUCCGAACCACGUAGUCGCUCCGUCACCGCCGCCAUCGUCGUCACCGUCACCUCCAUCACCUGCUCGGCCGUCCGCUCGCCACUUGUUGACGGCCACCGGGAAACUCGUCGCCGACGAGUCGCGGUUCUUUUUCCCGGCCGUUUUUCCUCCGCACCAAUGUCCGCGGCUUUCCCGAGGGGGAAACUCACCAUUGUAAUUACGCGUUGUUGUCGCUAUUGUUACCGUCGUGGUACGAUAGCACCGACAUUUAGCCAUAGGUAUAUUAUACUGUCAUUACAAUAAACCGUUUUGCACUCGCAUCGUCAACUUUUCGGGCGGCGGGUUCGACUAUCGACGGACGAGAGCCGCGGGUCAUUUAAAUACUAUAUAAUAAUAUAUUAUACAUAAUAUUAUAUUAUAUACAUGGAGUUUCCGAGGGACGCCAAUCAGAGCGGUGUCGCGCUGUGGGACUAUGGCGGGCUGGACGGUUGGCCGUGGCAGGAGUACCGGAUGAGGUACUCUCCCGAGGUGACAGUUUUGUUCUGCAUCGCGUACGCAGCCGUGUUCGUGGUGGGCUUCGUGGGCAACAUUUCUGUGGUGCUGGUCGUGUACAAGAACGUGAGGAUGCAGUCAUCGCCCACCAACAUAUUCAUCGUCAACCUGGCCAUUGCCGACCUGCUGGUCAUCGUCGUCUGCGUGCCGUUCACGCUCAUCGGCAGCAUCACCACCGAGUGGCGUUUGGGACUGGUCAUAUGCAAACUCGUGCCGUACUUUCAAGGGGUGUCCGUGAACGCUUCGAUAAACACGUUGAUGGCCAUCUCCGUGGAAAGAUGCUUGUCCAUUUGCUACCCCAUGAGUCCGGUGGGUAAAGGCGUCUGUAAGCGGGUCGUGGCCAUCAUAUGGAUUAUUUCGCUCACCAUAACCAUGCCGUGGGCAAUAUACUUCGACCUGCAGCCCAUGGAGGAAGGCAGCGACAAUCAGAUUUGCCUGGAGUCAUGGCCGACCGUGGAGAGUGGCAACCUGUACUUCGUGCUGGCCAACCUGUUGCUGUGCUACGUGCUGCCACUGACGGUGAUCGCCGUGUGCUACAUGUUCAUCUGGCAGAAGGUGAGCCGGCGCAAGGUGCCCGGCGAGCCGAUGCACAACGGCGCCAACAUGGUGCAGCGGUCCAAGAUGAAGGUGAUCACCAUGAUCAUGUACGUGGUGGUGCUGUUCGCGGUGUCGUGGCUGCCGCUUUACGUGGCGUUCUCGCUGAUCAAGUUCUGGCCACUGCCGCCGGCCGUCGAGAGCUACACGGUCGCCUCGCUGCCGGUCGCGCAGUGGCUGGGCGCCGCCAACUCGUCCAUCAAUCCGCUGCUGUACGCCAUCUUCAACCACCGGUUCCGAGACGGUUACCGGGCCCUGUUGUCCGGCAAGAUUUGCCAAGCGUUCGACUACAGCAACUCGGUGAGGUACCUGCGCGGCGGCCGGGCCGGCACCGUGGCCGCGGCCGCGUUCAAGCGGACCAACAACAACAACAACAACGACAACGGCCGCUGCGACCGCAACCGCAAGACCAUCGGCGCCAUAUACGUGCACGCCGCGCGGUCUCAGCAGCGGCGACCCGUCCAGCAGCGACCUGUUCAGCAGCAGCGUCCCUCGACUCAGCAGCUGUACCCCCCGCCCGCCAACCGACUCGUCAAGUCGUCGUCGGUCAGGGAGACGCACGUUGCCGAAGGGUCGGCUGGUUCCGUGGUGCAGUUCUGUCCGACAAAAUGCGAAAAUUCGUUCGUGUGACCUCCGACAUCCACACCACCUUCCCACCCACAUGCAGUCACAGAUAUUGUGUAUAAACAUAAUAUGACUUGUGGACUGUACAACGUAUACCUAUAACCCAUAAAAUUACACGAUUUUAUAUAUAUAUAUAAUAUUAUAACAAUAUGUUACUGUGGACAAUAGGUGUGCGCAGACUUACGCGGCUGAUAAAAAUUGCCCCCAGAUAAUAUCAUCGCCUUAAAAAUAUUUAAUACCAUCAUUAUUAUUCCGAUAAUAUGCUUCUUAUUAGAAAAAUGAAAACGAUAGAUUUUUCAACAUAUUUUUAUGUUCAAAAAUAAAAUCAUAUUUUUAUAAAGACGUGUUUAUUGAGAAGUAUGUAUAAUUUGAUAAUGCUUUUCACACGGUUAAGCCAUAAACAUCGACCGUACUAAGAUAUUAUUUUUUUUUCUAAAAUUAGUUAUUUUGGGACUUUGUUUAUAUGUCCCUAAAAAAAAAUUAUCUUGCUAGUCCGCAUACACCGUGGCGUGCCUAUGCUGUAGAUGUUAGGCAACGGACUUUCACGAACUUUCGGAAAUGUUACACAAUUGCUGUCGAUUACACGCGCUAAAACAAUAUCCGACAAUUUCAUGGUACUUUAGUGCACCAGAAGCAGUGUUUGAAUUGAGAAAACAAGAAGGGGGGAUGCAAGAAUUUGAAAAAAAAUGUGCGUACCUAAAUAUUUAAAUGUCUUGUUUAUUAGGAUAUUAUAAUCGUAAGGAUUACGCUUAAAUACUCACUUAUUAAAAGAAGGGAGACUUCAUUCGAACUGGACCAGAAGUGCCAUACCAAUAAUACGAUAAAGACGCACAAAAUAUUAUAUAUUAUUCGCGUGAAAUGAAAAUAGAACGGAUAGGAUGACCGCCCCGAAUAUGCCUCGUUCGAAUCCGAUCUCAUAUAAGUAUGGUAUGCGUCAUAUUUCAUUAUAUUCACGUACUUAUUAGAAUGUCGUACGCGAUCUAUUAUAUUAGUUUACAAACUUCAUCAGAUUAGGAAUUCCUCCGGAAAUGGCGGCGCCGUUAGUCCGUAUUAAUAUAUUAUAAUAUUAUUAUACACGAAAUACAACGGCACGCGAAUGUCGUGAAAUAGAAUUAAAUCGGGCAUUCCAAUCACUAAUAAUUUUGACGCGCGAGAUCACGACCAAAUCUGAAUAAAUUUCAAGUUAAAGGUCUCCUCAGUCAUAUCGCCGGAGUCUACCUAUGUAGUAUAAUAUUCUUAUAAUAAUAUUUAAUUAUAAUAUACGUCCUUCGAGGUACUAGCUUCUACGGUUUGUCUCGACUGAUCAUACAAGUAGGUAUUUUUAUACAAAUAUUGCCAUGUGUUCGCCAUUAUUAAUUUCCGUAUAUAUACGACGUGUUUGAUGUGACGCCAUCGAACGCUGGCUAUGUAAUUGUUGAAUUAAUCUAACCGUAAAAUAUGAAAUAAAAAUUAUUGAACAUCGUCGUAACUCGUACUUGACUAUACUAAGCGAUAACGUAAGACUCUCAUUAUGUAUUAAAAAAACAAUAAUAGUUUUUGAAAAUAAUUUUUUUCAUAAUUUGAACUCAUUAUAAAACAAUGAUUUUUUAAUUUCUGUAUAAAAUUAACUGUUUCGCUAUUUUUUAUCGUUUUUUAAUUUAUAUAUUUAAAAUUGUUUUUAAUGACAACAUGCAUUUUUACUACUUUAGUCUAGAGGAGAAUAUUUUUGGAGUACUUAGACGUAUUAAAAUCGGAUUUUGGACUAGUGGUUUAUGAGUUAUAAGUAUUUAAAGUUGAAAUGGCUGAAACAGAUGACGAUUUAGAGAGAAUACAGCAAACAUCUUGUUGAAGGAAGGGAGAAAAAUUGGCUUGAAAAUCGACGGGGAAAAGAAAAAAUACAGACAACAAUUUUGAUUUGUAACUAUUUAAAAGAAAUGUAAAAGAAAUAUUUUCAAAAACGUAACAGUUGAUGAGUGUCUUACGUGAAAUAGAUCAACGCGUAGUUUUCGUUAAUGACAACGACCGCGACGGUGACAAAUAUGAAAUAAUACAUUAGAGAAAUACUUUAGAGUACAUCAUAUUUAUACAUAUACGUUUGUCUCGGAACACGACCACGACGUUAUAUUAUAUAUUUUUUAAUGUUAUAUUGCGUCCGAUAAUUUGUGAAAAUGUGGACGGUGACGACCCAACUAAAGAGCUGCUGCGCAGUCAUUUAGACCAUAAAAUAUAUUGUAUCGAAAAACGAAACAUAUUAUUAAAUGUAUUUAUAUACGAUAUCAUUAUAACAUGUAUCCUACUGCCUUCGUAGUGUUCAUUUAUUGUUACACAAUAACGUAUUGUAAUAAUAUGUUAUCAUUAUUCAUUAGUGUUAUUUCGUUUUAUGUCACGUAUUAUAAUAGUUAUAAUAUAUUAUAAAUAUAUCAAAUAUGUAUAACAACUAUACGUUGCCGCUCAAAUGUAUAUUCGUGUAUAAUAAUCGGUUGAAAACGAACAGCCUCGAAAUCUCAUUUUUAACGUGUGUAAUAACGCACAAUAAUAAUAAUAAUAAUAACAAUAAAUAAUUUAAGUUUUUAAACUUAUAAUAUUUUAUAGACGCCGAUCAAAUAUUAUUGUUUAAUGUUAUAUUAUAGUGUUUCUAAUUGUACUCGCGUUUCGCCAUCGCUGCGAACAAUAUUACCUAUUAUUAUAAUAGUUAUUGACUUGUUUUUUUUUUACCAACUAUAUUGUGAGAGGUUUUAUCGUUUUAUAUUGUAAUUAUUUUUAUUAUUAUUAUUAUUAUUGUUAUUAUUGAAAACUACACUCUUGUUAUAUUUGUAUCCGAGCGCGAUAGAGAUCGUAGUUAUAAUCAACACGAAAAACGCAUAAAUCGUAAUAAUAAUAUAAUAUUAGUUUACGAUAGGUUAAAUUAAAUUAUUACAAUGUCAUACAUCAUAAUAUUAGGAACAGCAAUUUUAGACAAUAAUAAUAAAAUGCAUUGUUAAUAAUAUUAUUUUAUACGUAAUAAUGUAAUAAUUAUAUUAUCUGCAUAUUUAGUUGAACUGUUUAUAUACGCGAAACGCCGCCUGCAGAAGCACAUAUUUUAUAUUAUAUAAAAUAAAUUCAUAUUAUAAUAGGUAAUACGCCAUUACUGUGUGUGUGUAUAUAAUAUAUAUAUAGUAUAUAUCAAUAAUAUUAUAAUAAAUAUAUAUUUUGUAUAAUAUAUUGUAUUACACACGCGUGAUUACAUCUAAACAUGUUUUUAAUAUGUUAAUAUAAUACUUUUAAUGGAUGACAAUAUUGUAAUAUUGCUAGUGUCAACGGCCGGGCUUCGAAGUAUGCAAAAUUAUUAUUAUUAUUAUUAUUAUUAGUUCCCAGAUUUAAAUUCCAUAGAAACAGUAAACAUUUAUGGUGUCCAAAAACAUUUAUGUUUUUAAAAUAAUUUGUUUACAUAAUUUGAACACAUUACACCAAAAACAAAUUUAAUUUUUACAUAGUGCAGGUACCACUUCUCAUCUACAAUAUAAUGUAGGUAAUAAUACACAUAAGUGACAUAGCUUAAGAAAUCCAACUUUUUGUUAUCAAAAAUUACUUUUUGAUUUAUCUUAGAAUAUAAUAUACAGUAUGGGAUGUAUGAUCUGCAAAUAUAAUAUUCCUUU